AUGUGCACCAUGGACUUCAACAUAGUCGACGCCAGCAGCAACUGCAUUUUUGGCAGUAUUCACAAAGUCAUCCACCAAAUCUUCAACCUCCAGCGUAGUAAGCUCGUGGACUGGGUUUCCGGCGGCCUCUGCGGCUUUUCGGGACUCUUCGCUUUCGUACAGAGCAGUUGGAGCGAUCAAUGGAUACCCAGCCUCUUUUGUCGCUACCGGGUCAGCCACACGGCCCAAUGGCCAAAGCUGCAUCGACACUCUCGAUUUGUUGGCGUGAAUCUUAUCUGUGAUCUUCUUCCACGCAGCCACAUGCGAUUCAGUAUAGAUUCCUGGAACGUUUUCGUAGAGACCGGUUUUGGGCGACAAAAUGGUGGCUUCUGUGAUCACCAAGGAGCCGGGAAACUUGGUACGGUCAUCAUAGUACUUGUACUGGAGAUCCGAAGGUGUGUGGUCAGGAAGCGCUCUUUUUCUGGUGGUGGGAGCAUACACUAUUCUGUUGCUCAAUUCGUGUUUCCCAACCUUAAUAGGCUUGAAGACAUCGGUGUUUUUUAA